CUUGUUCAACCAGUCCUGCCUGAUAUCCUGGCUACCAUGUCGCGUCUAGCGUGGGCCAGUCUUGUGGUAGUAUUGGCUGCUGUGGGGAUCGGGGUCUACUGGAACUACGAUGGCUUCGAUCCAGAGACAAUACGCGGUGCAACAGUUGUCAUCACGGGCUGCAGUACCGGCAUUGGCGAAGAGAUGGCGUACCAGUACGCCCGGCUGGGAGCAAAGAUCCUCAUCACAGCCAGGAGGGAGAACAGGCUGAAAGAGGUGGUAGCGAAGGCUAUGUCCCUGGGAGCCCAGGAGGCGCACUACGUGGCCGGGGACAUGGGGAAGGCGGAGGACUGUGAGAGAACCAUUCAAAUAGCCAAGGAGAAAUUUGGACGUCUUGACUACCUAGUCCUUAACCACGACGGCUCAAAUGUUAAGAAUCUUCACGAGUACUUCGGGACAAAGUCUUGGGACGAGGACCCUGAUAUGGACUUCUUCGUGGACUACUUGAACAUCAACGUUGUUGGUUACGUGCGGCUGGCCUCGCUGGCCCUGCCUCUGCUGAAGGAGAGUAAAGGACACCUCAUUGCCGUCAAUGCCCUGCUUGGAAAGGUUCCAUUUCCUAAGCUGAGCUGGGGGGUGACGGUGAAGUUCGCGCUGGACGGGUUCUUCAGCUCGCUCCGUGUGGAACUGAAGAAGGCGGGGCACGACGUGUCAGUCACCCUGCCCAUUCUCGGCUUCAUCCGGACUCCCGCGGCGGAAAAAAUAGCCCAGAAAACGGAGCAGGGACGAGAGAUGCUGAAGAUGUCCGUACCUGUUGACGAGACGGCCCGCGCCAUCAUCCGGGGAGGGGCGACCCGCGCCCGCGAGGUCUACAUCCCGGUCUCCCUGUGCUGGACGCUCACCAAACUCAGGGCCAUCUUUCCCGCCUUCGUCGAUAACUACUUCAUCGACGUGGAGCUUUGAGUGCCCUUCCCAUCUUGAACUAUAAUUCUGUAAACAGAGGAUCCAACUUUGGCUUAGGUCAUAUUUCCAAACCGGGGCCCGGGCUGGCAGCUUUCGGGAGCGAAAAGAAUGAUAUAAAAGACAUUAAAAUACAUAAAAUGUCAAAAUAAGAUUCAUGCGUAUAUUUCUAGGUGUACAUUUUACCUUUUCGUUUCUGAAAACAUCCUGACCGGUCCCUGGUUUGGAAAUGUGACCAACAUUGAAUCAUAAUGCAGGGUUACGUCAAUCAAUAGCAACAUGUACGUUCUAGUAAUAAUGGUGUUUGUUUAUUAAAGACACAUUACGAGUAACAGUACGGGGGGGGGGGCAUAUUUUAAAAUUCAAUUUUGGACAGGGGUGGUAAUUCAAAAUUCAAUUCAUUUAACCGGAUUUAACCGGAAAUGUUUUUGGACUUCAUUUUACAUGUGGGUACCACGGAAAUGGUUUUGUGAUAGUAAUAUAGGCGUUUAUUUAUUAGAUACACAUUACGAGUAACAGCUACACAGAACAUAGAAUGUCUGAAUUACGCUGGUAUAACAACUGUUGAUAAUGAAAAAAAAUAUUAGUUAAACGUACAGUUAGCACAGUACAGUUAAAUUCGAUAACAAACAACACUUGUAUAUUCUUAAAAAUCGAUAAAAUUCGUGGGGUUUGUUUUAUAUCAGCAUACAUUAAAUCAAUUAUGGAUUCUAAUUACUUUGAUAGAAAUCAUGAUACUAAAAGCAUUCUAUAUAUGGUACGCAUAAAUAUAUCAUCGAUUGUAGUGAUAAAGUCCUUAUACUUAAAAGUCAUUCUACACAUAAUGCAAAAACUUGGCAAGUCAAA